GUUGGAAUAAAUAUUUUAUUCAAAUCUUACCUUCUUUAUAUGUAAUUUGUUACUAGAGAAUAUUGGAGAAUACUUGGGAGAAUACCGAACUUUGCGAUGGGCCUCGUUCGUAGUUUUACAUCAACGAGGAAACAUAAACAGAAAAAAUACGUUGAAACCGUGUGUAAGAUGGUGUUUCGAAAUGCAGUGAUUUGCGGUGCUCUAUUGAUUGCUGUUGGAUGCAUACAAAUUUCAAGUGGCAAUGAUAAAGGAUGGGACUACAUGGUGUUUAGUCAGCAAUGGCCGCAAUCAGUCUGUAUUGAUAAUCAGAAAGAACAUAACUGUAGCAUCCCACUGAAUGUAACCAGCUGGACUGUGCAUGGUGUAUGGCCAACUCAUACUGGUACAUUGGGACCCAACUACUGUAACAACAGUUGGCAUUUUGACGAGGAGAAGUUAAAGCCCCUAGAACCUAUGCUGAAACAAUACUGGCCAAAUCUCUUCACUGAUACUCCAAUGACAGAUUUCUGGAAACAUGAAUGGACGAAACAUGGAACAUGUGCAGCCUCUUUUCCACCUCUACACACUGAGUAUGCAUAUUUCAACAUGGGGCUUAAACUAAACAGAAAGCUCGAUGUCUAUAAUUCUCUGGUAGAAGUUGGUAUAGAACCGGGCCUUAAAAAUUAUACAUUGGAUGCAAUCAACAAAGCUUUUGCUGCAGAGUUUGGUUUUACCAUGAAAGUACUAUGUUUCCUUGAUAAAGAAAAAGAAGUGCAGUACAUUGAACAGGUCGAAAUGUGUAUUAACAAACAAUUUGCUCAAAUUGACUGUACCCAUGACAAUGCUCUGGCAACACAACAAAAUCACCUAGCAACGAAUGAUGUGAGAGACUUUGCGAAAGUCAGUCAAAUGAACUCAUGUAUAUCUAAAUAUCCAAUUCAAUACCCGGCUAUCAAACAUAAGUAGGAAUGAAUAAAGUGACCAAAUUAUUCAAUUCGUACACCAUCUGAAAUUUAUUAAACUGUAUAACAUACAUACUAAGUAUCUACCAUUGAUAGAUGAUUUGUGUGUGUUUUAACAUAUCUAUAGAGUUACUAGUUAUGACUUUUGAUUCAAUAUGGUUUGAAAUUAAGCAUAAUUUAAGAUCUGUAUAUUUACACUGAUCUCAUUGCAGAAUUUUUAUUAUCUGUACAUAAUAUGCCAGUAUUUAAGGAAGGCUAAUUAGACUAAGUUGUCUGACUAAUUAAGGUAGACGGAUUGGAAUGUGUGGUUUGUUUGAUUUAGGGAGACAGAUAAGAAUGAAUAUGUAACUCACACAUUGGCAUCAUGCACAAACUGUGCCAAAAUUAUCACAGUGAUUUUGCAGUAAGA